UGAUAUACGUAAUCUUGUUUGUGGAAAAAAAUUCCACAUAGUUUUAUAUAAACUCGGUGUCGACGAGGCACCAUUAUGAUUUCAAAUUGGAUAAAAUAUGCGUGCUAAAUGCAGGAACAUUGAAUCAAUUCAAGUGAUUGGCAAUUGAGAGAUUAUGUCUUACUACAGUGACAUCUUAUGAAAGACAGCCGUUGUUGAAAUCAAUAAUGGAAUGUUUAGAGCAAAUUGUAAGUCAGGAUAACAUAGAUCUGUAUAAUAUUAUAUUCAAAUAUACACUUCCUUUACCUAUUGUCCACGAAUCAACAAACAGGAGGAACAUUAAUGAUGAUAUUUCGGAAACAUUAAUAAAGACAGAAUAUCCAGAAAUUGACAGAUUUUUGUGGGCCGGUAGUAAAAAGGAAGGAUUUACAAUUCCAAUUACAGCAAACCAACCAAACAAUUAUGUUUAUCUGAUGUCCGACUUUGACUUAAUUGCAGUUCUUUCAGGUAUCAUUGCCAUAGAUAAAAAUGCUUCAAUUACCGAACUACAACAUCAUGAGAUUUUUCAAGUAAAAGAUGCGCCUCAUCCUGGUUUUGUUAAACUGUUUUCAGUCGCUGAUCAACAAUUAUUCGGCGUGAGAUUUGAUACGGAUUGCUCCGGAAAAGUGCACUUUAUGCGCAAUAACGAUUGCAAAGCUACAAUAAAUAUUCCGGUCAAUGAAAUUAUCGAUAAAAAAGUUGUACCUUUAACAAGUGUCACAGAAAAAUCUGCACAUGGUCCAGCAUUGUGCUUUAAAAUAAAAUCCGAACAUCCGGCAGCGGCGAAAACUACAGUAAUCGCAGGUACCGAAGUUGAUGUUGUUCUAGCCGUAAAAAUGGGUUCAUGGCCUCAAGCGGCAAAUAAUUGGCAUGUAAGACAGAGAAGCUGUAACUGGCCAUCUAUGGAUUUGAUCAACAAAAUAAUGUGCUCCGCAAUUCAUUUAGUUCCUGUCGGUCAUUCUAAAAGCGACAAUUCAGAAAACGAAUGGAGAUACUCAUUUACAAUACCAGAGCGAAUACUUGCGCAAAGUCUUAGUGUGUUUCAAAGAGCAUGUUAUAUAAUGGCAAAAAUUUUCCUAAAGGCUGCAUUUGCAGGCGACAAAUGUAUAUCUCCAUAUCUUUUAAAAACAACAAUGUUUUGGUUAUGCGAGGAAAUACCAUGCGAUAACUGGACAGAUGACAGAAUGGGAUAUUUUGUCUUAAUGCUUCUUUAUCGUCUGCAAUGUAGUCUUUGCAGACAAGAAUUAAGACACUAUUUCAUACCAGAAAAUAAUAUGGUCGAUCAUAUCUCGUCAAAAGUUCUCUCCAAUGUCGUUGAAAGAUUAGCAGUGUGUAUUAAAGACCCUUUGACAUUUCUAUUCAGUUUUACAGAGGCUCAUAAAUAUUUUGGAUUUUAUGUGCAUCCUUCAAAAGACAUUUUCAACCCACUGAUUGAUUUAUGUAAAUCAGAGUGGAAUAAAUCACCAAAAGAUACGGAAAUGAUUAAUUCGGCAAUCCGUAACUUAUUGUUGGAAUUUGUAGGUCUGUAUUCGUCAUGGCUGAAAAGAAACAUAGCGCCACCUGGUGAUGUUAUCACACGUCCAUUUGCUGAACUGAAAUUCAGGCUUCUGUUGGGAAUCGCAAAAGAUAUUCAAAAUAUAGACAAAGCAAAUACAAUUGAUAUUAUUGUUAAUUCGAUUGCAAACAAAAUAGAAACUCACAAUGCAGAUAAUGCUACCGAAUUUUUGUCUUACGCAAAAUCGUUUUUAAAGUCAUUAUAAUAACAAUACAAAUGUAUUUUCUAUGUGUAGUUUGACUAGCUUAUUUCAAAUUAUAAAUAAUCGACAAAAAGAUUAUGGAAAUCUCUAAAAGUACUUAAUUGUAAUAAAUCAGUUUAUUUGAA